UAGAUUAAGUGAAAAAGGGCAUGACGUCGGACUUGAUCAAAUUUGGUAUAAAAUAGCCGAGAACUAACGGGAUAUGAUCAAAAGCGAAUAACCAGUUGAAUUAACUCGUCCCGACUGUCGACUCGACUAACAAAAAAGAUGAUGAAAUUCUUGAUGAUUGUGGCUUCAUUGGCGGCCAUCUGCUCCGCACUUCCAUCGAGACUCGGCCGGCAAACGAGACAAAGCGGCAGAGAACUGGAAUCGAUGAUCCUAAACAACACGCUGGAGCUGGACCCGGAAGGUUCCUUCCGUCUGGAUUGGGACGUUGUCUACGAGGACCCCAGCAACCCGCUGCUUGUGCUGGAAAUGCGAGUGGCCACCACCGGAUGGUUCAGCCUGCGCUUCACAUCCGCCGAUCUCACCCUGGGCGACUAUUUCUACGGCGCCUACGACGCCAGCAAGCCGAGCAACAGUUUCUUCCUGGACAAACAUUGCGCCCUGGUCGACGGACUGGGUUGCGAGACGGCCGAAGGACCCAGGGACGAUUUCCGCAACGAUUUCCAGCUGCUGUCGUUCCUUUUCGGGACCGACUACACCGUGAUGCGCAUCGCCCGCCAAGUCGACACCGGCAAUAAUUUGCAGGACGUCGUUAUCACUCCCGGCCCCAUGAUGAUUGGAUGGGCCUGGUCGACCGGCAUCUUCAACAACGGAUUUCUGACCCCCAUCGAGAAAUUUGGGUUCCAGACUGUCGUCCUCAUCGCAGCCGAAUGAAAAAAACCCCAAUGGCAUCCAUCAUCUUGCAUCGAUAAUAAAGUCUGUGUCUGAAUAGGGUAAAUUGAGAGAGACCCGCGUUCCAAUACAUCAAAUAAAAACGA